UCUAUUUUGAAGACCUGUGCAGGAUGCUCAGGAAGAAGAGAGCUGUACUCUUGGAAGAUGAAGAUUCUUUGGGGAAUUCAUGCUAAUGCAGUGGCCUAUUCUAUGACUACCUUAGGUGCUGGAAUGAUGAACAGCAUUUUUAAUUUCUACUACGUUAAGCUUUUCCUAAACCGAUACAAAAUUUCAGAAACAGGAUUUCAUGUGGCACAGGUUGUGUUUAUGAUCUGGAACGCCAUCAACGAUCCCCUUUUUGGGUACAUUCAGGACAACUCCCGGCUGAAGUGCUGCGCGCGGCGCCAGUUCUCCAUCCUGUACGGAGCCCCCCUGUACGGCCUGGCCUUCCUGCUGCCCUGGUUCCCCUGGAGGCUCUAUGGGGAGGGCGACUGGCUCUGCAGCCUGCACCUGAUCGUGGCCCUGUGUGCCUUCGAUGGGCUGCUGACCUUCGUGCUGCUGGCGCAGUGCGCGCUCUUCACCGAGAGCUGCCCCCGGCACGACGGCCGGCUCCGCCUCAUCGGGUACAGCCAGGUGGCCGCGCUGCUGGGCUCCACCAGCGUCCUCUUCUGUGGGCUCAUCUCUGAUAAUAUGGAAAACUUUGGGUGUUUUCAGGUCUUCGUUGUUUUGGUCGCAGCGCUAGCGACAGCUUGUAUGUGUUGCACAGGUAAAUACAGCACGAGUCAGUACGAGCAGAGGGAAGUUCACACGGAGGAUGCUAAGCUGGAAAACGGUAAUGGAGCUUUCUCCUUGGCCUCAGUAAUUGCAUUGACCAAACAGAUUAUGACAGAGAAGAACUUUCUAUGUUUUGUAACAAUGAACUUCUUCCAAGUCUUCCACCUAGCCUUCUACAACAAUUUUAUGAUGAUCUUCAUGGAUAAUCUUAUUCCUAAGGAUGUCCUUUCUUCCUCAGUAAGAAGUAUCAUGUAUGGAGCAGGUUUUAUUUGUCCUCAGUGCCUUGUUCUUCUUAGUCAUGCUUGGUUGAAGAAGUUUGGUUAUUACAGAAUCAUCUUAUUUUCCUUUUACUAUGAAGGAGUAGCUGCUGCUGUCAUGUGUCUUCUAGGGCAAGAACACUAUUAUCUGCUGGCAUUUUAUGUCACAACAAACAUGGUAAUUGUGCAAGCUUCAUUUAGCUUGUUCAAUUUGCCUUUGGCAGAUAUUGUUGAUGCAGAUUUAAUAAAGCACAAGAGGAGAUUACCACUUUCCUCUAUGGUUUUUGGAACCAAUGCUUUAUUUACCAAGCCUGCCCAGUCUUUGGCUCCAAUGAUUGUGGUUACAAUACUGAAUCAUUAUGGAUAUUAUAACCUGAAUAAUGUACCUGGUCGUCCUGAUAUAAGCAGGUCGUUUUUAGAUCUCCACGAUGCCAUGUUCUACCUGGUCUGUCUGGUUCCCCUCUGCAUUGCAGUCCUGCAGAUCCUGACCUGGACUCCCUUUUCCAUCCAGAACAGCCACCUGGCAGCUCCACAGUAAAUGUGGAACAGUGGGCACUGCAUCUCCUGCUGAACCACAGCAGAGUUCAGUAAGUUUUUCAUGUGAGAGAGCAAAAUUGCAAGAUGAAACACAGUUUGUGUGUUUCAUUCAGUCCCUAUAGACUGUGACUCACAUGCAGCCUUAAUGCUGAGCCUACACAAGUUUUUCCUAGUUCAGUUGCUUUCUGUUAAUGGGUUUUAUCCUUAAUUACUUUAUUUAAAGUAAUUUCUGGUAUAUAAUGAUUCCUGUUAACUCAUUGGAAGAAAGGAUGUGGCAGAUCAAGGAAAGGAAUCCCAACCCAGCACCUGGAAUUCCAGGGAAUGAUGUUUUCUGAAGCCUACUGGUGGAUUAAUUUUGCCAUAUUGAUAAAAUGGCAGAUCUCUGAAGCUAAUCUGGAAAAUCCCAGUGGACAUCCCUCAUGGAUGGCAGGGAGAUGAAAAUUUAGAUGGUGUCCAGCUGGCCAGUAUGAAGACAAAUCUGACAGCUACCAUGGGAAGAGCCAAGAGUAAUUAACUGCCCUGUGAAAGUCUGUGUAAGGCUACAGGAGAAAAGGAUUCAGAUGCUCUUCAGUGUUGCUCAAUAUGGAAAAAGCUCAGUAAGUCCUCACUGGCUUGCAGAAUCCCUGGUUGGUGGAAGGUCAGUGCAGUUUUCUGGCUUUAAAUAAUUUUGAAGGUAUCCUAUAAAUAGUGCCUGAUACAAAAUGUCAUUGUGGCAAGGACAGCAUUAGUCUGUGGGUGUAGGGUUCAGCUCUUGGACAAAUGGAGGUGUGCACACACAGUUACUAAACCAAGCUCUCCCUGUUCAGUGGUGUUAUGUUGGCUAAUUCAUGUGGUGUGUAAAUAUUUAAGUUAAUUUCUGAAUCAUCAAGUUGAAGUUAGUUAAUUUCUGAUUCAUUCUUAUCAGUUAAGAUUUUAAAUGAAUCCUGUGAUUUUUAUAAAAUAAAGGGGUUUUGACCAAAAUUUAGAAA